CUCACGCUUUCAUUCCCCUUCUAACAACAACACUAUCCACUUGAUCAUCAUCAUCAUCACCUUCCCGUCUCAGAAUUUAACUCAGAUUCCAGCCAUGCAGCCUAGUGAGGUCACAGCACUCCAUUAUCUAAUCUCUUCAAACCCAUCUCCAUACCCACCUCCCUUUAGCAUGACUCAGAGUCAUAGCCCACCCACAUUUCAAUUUAACCAAUUCCCUAACCCAUUGUACAAUUUCCAGCUCCCUCAAGGUCAAGAAUUCAACCCACAAUCAUCAUCUUUCAGCAGCAAUUCAACUUCUGAUGAAGCAGAGGAGCAACAGCUAAGUCUCAUCAACGAGAGGAAACAGAGGAGGAUGAUAUCGAACAGAGAGUCUGCGCGCCGUUCGCGCAUGCGCAAGCAGAAGCACCUAGAUGAGCUCUGGUCGCAGGUUGUCUGGCUCCGGAAUGAAAACCACCAGCUCGUUGACAAGCUGAACCAUGUUUCGGAGUCCCAUGACCGGGUGGUUCAAGAAAAUGCUCAGCUCAAACAGGAAGCUUCAGGGCUUCGUGAGAUGCUCACUGGCAUGCAACUCAAUAGCCCUUUCCCCGGUUUAAGAGACCUGGAAGAUGUUCCCUGCAACACAGCUUAUCUCAGAGCCGAGUCUUCAAACCAAUCCAUCACAAGUUCUUUGGAUCUGCUUGGCUAAGAUGUAGGCAAAAAGUUUUAAUGUUAUCCAUCCUCUCCCUAGCUUAAUUUUGCUUCUUCUUUUUGUAUGGAAGUCAAGCAUGCAGUUUUUGCCUUGCUAUUUAAGCUGUAAGAGAUUGAAGAAAAAUUGCAAUAA